CGAGAUACCUAUUUUCAGUACUCUACCUACAAGGGCCAAACCCCUCCAGCCUCAAGUCGAUAUUACAAUGCAAAGGUGAAAAUGACCAGAUCAAGCAAGUACCUUUAGAUGGCAUAAUCAUCAGCUCGGAGGCAUACCAGAGUCAGCACAGUACCACCUUCUUCGUCAUGCAACAACGACCUGUCGGGUGUCGCUGCUGACAUCCGAGAUAUCAUGUUCCGAUACCCAGAGGCCCCCUUGGCCAUCUCUCCUUAAAACAGCAAAGGAUUUCCCGCAAGGGGCGGUAACAAGGGAAGUCUUCCUCGGACCCUCCGCCCCCUCGUCUACGAUGCACAAAAGAAAAGGAAUGGCCUGCAAUGCAACCGCCCAUCGUGGACAGCAUCUCAUCUCUGGCGUUGCCGCCUUUCAGAUGCGCCGUGCGCUCCUCUAGCGCUCUGUGCCACUGUGGCGUUGGAUGGGGUCAAACGCCAUGGAUGCUAUUCGACGUCGCCCACGUCACCCUUGUCCCAGGUCUUUCAGUCGGCCCCGAACAACGAGCAGGUCAACCUUCAAAGGCCAUGGAUGCAGAGCAAUUUGAGCAAACAAGCCAGCAUUUCCUGGCAUCGUCGUCUGCUGAUGAUGAUUUUUUGGCCCUGAGUGGCAGCCAAAAUCUGGAUUGUGCCCUCAGCUCGCGACUCAGACGUCCGAACCGUCCGCUAUUCGGCCAACUGUGUCGGAGUUGGGCACCAACCCUUGGACAACGAUCCCUAGUUCUUGUUCGCUUUCUCUCCGAGCAAUUGGGCUCUAUCCCCGACCCUACUUACCCUGCCUCCCGACGGGACUGGUGCCUCGCGAGUGCUUGCCAUGGCCAGAGGAUACUUACAGAGUAGGCGAUUGAGGAUGGCCUAGGUAUCCCAUCAUGAAUGCUGGCCGAGGUGCCAUGUCCGUUUGGCAAUCAUCUUGAGCCGCCGUCCUCCGCCAGCAUGAUUCUUUGAUGGCCAGUUGUCGUUCACCAACAUUUGUGAGUGAGCUACGGCUUUGUGGCGGUAACGACACCCGCGCUUUGUUAGCCUUGGAUAGGUGCAGUGCCGUAAUCGGCAUAAACGAGCUUAGGAGGCCGCGGAAAGGCAAUUAAAUGCCUCUCCCCAUAUCUUCUCGGCUGUCAGUUGUGAGUAAGCGUGCCUCAAACCCCGGAAGGCAGCUCCAGUGACUUGCAUAUUGACAUCCUAAAUUAGAGACGUUCGAGAAGCGGC